UAAAGAUUAGAAAUUAUUACAAUUUUAUUACUAAAUUAUAAGGUCAAUAAUUUUUAUGCAAUUUUUAGAAAUAAUUAUUAUUAAAUUUAGAAUUUGAAAAUUCGUGUUUUUUUUGACAGGAGAAGACAGAUGAUCAAUGCAGGGCUGUACGUAAAAUUCUAACGUUCAUUUUUUGAAUUUCUUCAGUUAUUUUACGUUAUAUUUAAUCAAAUUCGAUAUAAAAAUUAUUAUUAUUCAUUGUUUACUCAUAAAAGAGUAGAAAGAAGAUAAACUUGGGUUUAUUUUUGUCGAGAAAAGAAAAAAAAUAUUUUUUUUAUAAAUACAGCCCUGUAAGAGAGAGUAGUGCUCUUCCCUCCCAAUAACGUUGGUAUACCAGCCGCAUAAAAUCUAGAUAGCUAAUAAACAAAAUUGUAAGCUCUUAAAAACUUAAAUAAAAGUUAAUUUAAGUGAGAAAUAAGUUUGACGAUUAAAUAAUUGAUUUGAUAACUUAAUUUUUUUUAAAUCGUAAAUAUAACCAUCACAUUGUGGGUGAAUUAAAUAAUAUAAACAAUUUAGUAAGCUGUUUAAGUGACGAUCAGAAAGGUGACAGAUUUGCGUGGGAGGCCCAAGAAUGGGUAGUACAGAUAAAGCUGUGAUUACUGGGUUCAUUUGUCGACUUUGUUCUAAAAUGAAUCGUUUUGUGAUUCAUAUUUAUGGAGAAGAAGGCGAAAGGAUGAAACUUGCUGAGAAAAUUAAUGCUUAUUUACCUAUCACUGUAAAAAUAAACGAUCCACUACCGAAAACAGCUUGCCUCCAUUGCAUCGAACGGUUAGAGGCCCAUCAUGAAUUAAUGGAGAAAAUAUUGAUAGCUAGGAAACGAUUAGGAAUCGAAUCAGAUAUUAAUCAAGUACCAACAUCAUCACCAUCAACACAAACUGUCGUCGUGGAUCCACCACCUGCUUCGAAUUCACCUCCGUGUUGACAUUCAUCAGUUAAAAGUAAUCAAAUAAUCGCUCAAUUAUGUCAACAGUUUGAUACAUUCUCUUCUGUUUAUUAUGUUCCUGUUGAUUAUUGAAUGUUUUUUCAUCUAUACACUUAUAUAAUUUUAGCACUGAAUCAUUUUACAAAAGUAAGUCAAAUAACAGAAAAAAUUAAAUUCAGGAGUGCCAAGCAAAAGCCAAUUUUAGAUAUAUGUAUAUGCUUGUAAUUCUAAUUGGAGUAAUUGACAAAAUUACUGAUUAACUUUGAUAUUCUUAAACAAUUGAGUACCUUCUAUUUAUUUUUCUGAUGAAAAUUCGAAGGGAUAAGUGCAACUAUUGCCGUCAUUAUGUUUAUUUUUGUAAUUUUGUUUUCCUUUUUUUUUUUCUCCUUUUAUAAAUCAAGUCUUUAUCUUCUGAUUAUAUUUUUGUGACCGUAUACAUUAUUUAUUUUGUUUUUUGAACAAUUUUAGAGGUUAUAACAUUGUAAUAAUGAUAAGAAUAAAUAUAAAUAACAAUUUUUAAUAAUGAAAAAAAUGAGACUUUGGAUGUUUCAAUUUUUUUGGAUUAAUAUAUUUAGGUAGAAAUCUAUUGACAUUAAUUGUAUAUCUUAAAAAUAUUUAGUAUAUUUACAGAAUUGCGCUUUAAAACGCAAAAAGGAAAAAAAAAUCAAAUAUUAAGCAGAAAAUUU